CCCCACGAGGACAUUUAAUUUGGACAGAAAUGGACCCAUGAAUUGUCAUUGAAAACUAAUGAAAGCUAAGGGGGAAAAAAACAAGUGAACUGAUACAGCACUUGAACAGUUCAUUUUCCGGCUGAACCUAAGUAAACAUGCUGCUUACGAGUUUUUGGUAAACAGGGUGUCAGAGCGAUAACCACUGCUGUUUAAUUACAUCUUCAUUAAUAAUUACCUACAAACGUCACUCUGUACCACAAUUUACUGCUUCAUCUCUGAUUACGACACAAUGAAGACAGGCUGAACCCCCUCGAUUAUCAAAAGUAAAAAAUUAGGUUUUCAAUAUGCCAUAAAUUACUAGAAUCAUCUUCUGAGUCAUUCUUUAGUACGAGUUACUUUGAUGUAGGCUUUCAGCUGUUUUUCACCUCCUAUUCUAUCGACAGAAUACAAAUCAGAGAUUAGCUAGAACUUUGUACAUCUCUUUAUUUCAUAUUUCAUUGCUUUGUAGGGCAGCAAGACAAAUCAAAUAUCUGUAUCCUUCAUUUUAUGUCACAACAGGGCAUUUUAAGAUUGUACCUCUUGAAAAUGUUGACAUCCUCUAACAUUUUGGAGAAGUAUUAAAAAUAAGUAACAUUGAUUUAAUUUAUACUGUUGCUAUGAAUGAAAUGAAGAGAGCGUUGCUCUACAAUUUGGCCUAAUUUCAUGGCAUGCUAAAAAAAAAAGCUCAUUUGAACAGCCACACCCCUUUUUCAAUGUGUAGGGCACAGGGCUGGUGACUUUAACCCCUCCCAUUUCACAGUCAAAUAAAAGGCUGCCUCCAACUUCAGCUGGCAGCAGGCAUCUUUUGCUUAACCAGCUGCUUUCGGAGCUACCUAGUUAGAUUGGAGAUACAAAAAUCAUCAAGAUGAUUCCUGCAGUUACACUCUACAAUGGAGCCAAGAUGCCCAUAGUUGGUCUGGGAACCUGGAGAGCCGAACCAGGGAAGGUCACCGAGGCUGUGAAGGUGGCUAUAAGCAGCGGCUACAGGCACAUAGAUGGUGCCUUCGUCUAUGAGAACGAAGGAGAAGUUGGGGAAGGAGUGUGCGCCAUGAUUGAACAAGGAGUGACAAAAAGAGAGGAUUUAUUCAUUGUCAGUAAGCUAUGGUGCACCUUCCAUGUUCCAUCACUGGUAAGGGGAGCAUGCGAGAAAACUCUCAAAGACUUGAAGCUGGACUAUGUGGACCUUUACCUUUUACACUUCCCAGUAGGGAUGCAGCCAGGGGAAAAGAUUUUUCCAUCAGACGAGAACAACGAAAUCAUUUGUGAUGACAGUUACUUCCUGGACACAUGGGGGGCAAUGGAGAAGCUGGUGGAUGACGGUUUGGUCAAAGCCAUAGGUGUCUCAAACUUCAACAAAGACCAGAUUGAAGCCAUUCUCAACAAGCCUGGCCUCAAAUACAAACCAGCCAACAAUCAGAUUGAGUGCCACCCAUAUCUAACCCAAGAGAAAAUGAUCAACUAUUGCCACUCAAAGGGCAUCACGGUUACAGCUUUCAGCCCUCUGGGAUCUCCAGACAGACCCUGGGCUUCCUCUGAUGACCCCCGUCUUCUAGAGGAUACCACCAUCUUGGCCAUUGCUAAAAAGUACAACAAAUCUCCAGCACAGGUUCUCAUGCGUUUCCACACACAGAGGAAUGUGGCAGUCAUCGCCAAGUCAGCAACACCAAGUCGGAUUAAGGAGAACUUCCAGUUGUUUGACUUUGAGUUAAGCCAAGACGACAUGAAAACGAUCCUGGGCUUGAACAGGAACUACAGAGGAUUCCCAGCAAAGUGGGCCGUGAAGCAUAAAGACUAUCCCUUCAAUGCAGAAUACUAGCCGAUGCAGCACCGUUUCUGUUUGAUUCUUCUUUGUGGAAAAAAAGGAUGAACAUACAGUUUAAUUAAAUGACUAACUAAUUAUCGUCUAUGGAACCUGCAGAAAAUGUCACCAAAAAAAUUGUUCAUGAAUGGUUAGUUAGACAUUAAAAAGGGAAAAAAAGGAUUUAAAUAAAUGCUGAUUUGUAAUAUGACCAAGUCUAGAUGAAGCAAGAGUAUUGUAACAAUAUUAGCUCCAAUCAAAUGAAAAAUCAUUAAACCGUUUACGUUGAUCUGCAGCAGUAAUGAAUAUCUAAGCAACAGUUACUUUGCCAUGAUGUUCUUAUAGACAACUGUAUUUUAUCUGUUUUUGAUGCAAUGAUAUUGUGAAACAUCUACUGGAUUUGUUGAAUAAAAGACUUGCAGUUUGAAAUGCCACUUUUAAUGUCUGAGACUCCAUUUUCUGAAUUCAAUGUCUCGCACUUCAAAGAAAGUUUGAUUCUAGAGAACCAGCUCUCCAGAAUCAAACAUUAACCACUCCGUUUAUUUCUUUCACCUUUAACGACAGGAAACUGCAUAAACGUGUGACGUAAUACAUCACUGAACUUUAUUGUACAGCGUAACACACACAGAUAACAUGGGAAGUGAAAGCUGGAGAUUGUUUCGUGACAGAGUUGAUACACAUGACUGAAAAUUGCCACAUAUGAGUCAGCCAAAGACCAGCUUUCUGGAUUGCAACAUGUUCAGGUUUUCAGUGGUAUAUGCUUGGAAAUUCACUAAUAAUAUGUAAAUCUUAAGUAUCUCUGCCUUAGUCACAAAUUGAAGGAGUGUACUUAACAUGUAGUGUC